AUGAUACCAACACCAUGGUACCCUCCACUACUAGUACUAUUGCUGCUGGCACCUACUAUCAAGUCAGCUAAUGAAAAACCGUUUAAAAAAGAAGAUUCUGACAAACUUGUAGAAAAUGCGUCUAACAAUGCUACUGGUGACCUUGAUAGCGUAGUAGUAAAGGUUGGUCACAUUGGAGCUAUUGGGGUUAUGCCAAAGUCCGAGGAAAUUUUGGCAAUGUGCAGGGAUGAGCUAUGGAAAGAAGGCAUUUUGGAUAAAAUGUUUGAUAUUGAGUAAGUAUGGCCCUAGAUUUAAAAAAUUUUUUGUUUAUUAAAACAUUUUUAAAAAAAGUUGAACGUGAUCCCCCCUGUUAAUUUUUAAAAGAAGAAAAAAAUUUUUUGACCGUUUCAUCUUUUUUUUCAAUACAGUAAGAUAACAUAAACAACAAAAAUCAACACUUUAAAAAAAUUUUGGGCUCUUAAAAAUUUUUUCUUCUAUUUGAAAUUUUUUUUUUCAAAAAAGUUGAACGUGGUCCCCACUGUUGAAUUUUCCUUGCAAAACAUUUUUUUGGCUGUUUCUUUUUCUGUUUCUAAUACAGUAAAACCACUAAGCAUAACCAAUUUAAUAAGCUUUAACGACGUCCAAGAUAUAAAAAAUAGUCAGCUAAAAAUGUGUACUUUUAGUAUCAUCAACGCCAUGGGCUGCGGAGAAUCGUAUGAAGGUGUAGCAGUUGGUGCAGACAUGUAUCAUCAACAAAACGUCAAGGUUUUCAUUGGUCCUUACUGCAAUGCUGGUAAAUUUUCAUACUGUGUAACCUCGUAUUUUACCUCCAGCCUUAGUUAUACCCUACCUUACCCUGCCCUACCUUACUGUACCCUACCCUACCCUACCCUACCCUACCCUACCCUACCCUACCCUACCCUACCCUACCCUACCCUACCCUACCCUACCCUAUCCUACCUUACUUUACCCUACCCUACCCUACCCUACCCUACCCUACCCUACCCUACCCUACCCUACCAUACCCUACCCCACCCUACCCUACCCUAAUAAUGUAAACGUUUGUAGAAAUGGACGCCGUAAGUAAGAUGGCGGCCUUCUGGAACGUUCCAAUUAUUGGUUAUAUGGCAGCAAGUACAGCCUUCUCUGAUAAGAAGAUAUACAAGACUACAGCUAGGGUUUCUCUUCGUACUAUCAACUUUAUGGCCCUAGCUACAGCCGCUACUUUGAAGCAUUAUAGUUGGAAUAAGGUAUAUGUUAUGCCCCGUCGUCUACAAAAAUAAAAAAAAUUACCCCACCCCUCGCCUAGAAAUUUUUUUACCCUCCCCACAGCUCACAUUUUUUAAACGUUUUUACCCCAGCCAAAGCCUGCAGUAAAUUCUCAGAGUGCUAGUGCUAUAAUAGUACAAACCAACGCUGUGUUAUUGUACCUAUAUUACUAUAAACCUUAAGCUAAACCCUUCUUCAGAUUGCCAUAGUAACCCAAUCCGGCGCGGCAGCGUUGGAAAGAGUACAAGCGUUUGAAGAAGUGAUACACAACCAAGGAAUCAAUGUCAUUAAAAAAGUCAUUCUGGACGAGAACAGCUUAACAAAAGACAUUUUAGCCAGCGGAAGCAUGGAUCAACUGAAAUAUAGUGCUAGAAGUAAGGCAUGAUUUCAUAACACACUAGCUAUAAAAUUUUUAACCACCCCUUAAAAACUACCCAUAAAAAUUUUUAUCACUCUUGAUAAAAAUUUCUUUACCACCCCUCAAAAAAGUUUUUUUCUACCAUCUACAAACAUUUUUUUACCACACCCUAAAAAAUUUUUAUCCACCCCCCUAAAUUUUUUUUACCACGCCCAGAAAAAAACGUUUACCACCGUUAAAAAAUUAUUUUACACCAUCUAAAAAUUUUUUUUUGCCAUCUCCUGAAAAAUAUUUUUUACCACACCCAUCAAAAAAAUUUUUUACUUUGUCAUACCCAGGCCUCCUCUCAUCAAGCCUAAUAAAAAAAUUCCUUUAACUCACCGGAACUUCCCCUAAUAAUUUUUUUUAGUUAUUGUAUGCAUCUUCUCAAACACACGUGAAAUGAACAAGGAGUUCAUGAGCGCAGCCACAGCAGCAGAUAUGAACAGUCAUGAAUAUGUCUUCAUCUUGCCUUGGCUUCAAGCCGAAGCCAAGGAUCUCCCACCAUGGAUCGGCCCAGAUGGACAAACUUUGGCUAAUGUGAAGGCUCAUUUUGCUAAUGCUAUUAUUGUAAGAUUUAUAUAAAACAGUAGAAAAAAAGACUACCGUACCACUCAAAAAAUGUUCACCCCUCCCAGAGAAGCGUGAUUUAAGCCCUCUUUAAAAAAAGUUAUCAAAGAGUACUGUCUACCUAAAAAUUUUUUUAAAAUUCAUCGUUUAGAUUGACGACUCUAACGGCUUCGACAACGCUCUUCUCACUCCAUUCAAGGAAAAAGUCUCUGCUUUUGGCAUUAAUGCUGAUGAACUGAACUUGGUAAGGCAAACCUUUUAUUUCUAGAGUAGGGUAGAGUAGGGUAGGGUAGGGUAGGGUAGGGUAGGGUAGGGUAGGGUAGGGUAGGGUAGGGGUAGGGUAGGGUAGGGUAGGGGAAAGGUAGGGUAGGGUAGGACAAAGCAAGGCAGGGCAAAAACUGACUAGAGCAAGGCAUAGGUGAAGCAAGAUAGAGCAAAGAGGGAUUAAGGCAUGACAGAGAAAAAUUAAAGCCAGAGAAGGCAAAAGAAGAGAAGGGCAAGGCAGGAGAAUGAUAUAAUAUAGCAAAGCAAAGGAAGAGUAUAGCAUAAUAGUGCAAAAGGUAGGGUAGGAUAGGGUAGAGUAGGAAUGGCAGGGUAGGGUAGGAUAAAGUAGAGUAGGGUAAGGUAGUCCAAUAUAAAAUAUUAAAAAGACCAGGCCGCUGUUUUAAAUCAAAAAGUAUCCCACACAAAAAAAAAUUUUAAUUGAACUUAAUUGAAUCCCCCCUGUUGAUUUUUUUACAAAAAAAAAUUUUUUAAUAAAAAUCUUUUUUACCCUUCCCUAGACCAAGAAACAAUCCUGGCACUGUUUAUAACUACAUUUUUUUAGAAGGCAGGGGUAGAAACUCCCCUCCCCCUCCCUACCCCUCACAAUACCUCUAUUCUCCAAAACACCCUAAUUACCCCACCUUCUUCCAGGAAAACAUCUACGGCUACAUUCACCUCUACGACGCCCUAAAACUGUACUGUCUAGCCGCUCGAAAAGCCAUCAACAGUACCGGCAGACUAAACGUAAUAGAAGACGGUCGCUUACUAUGGAACACAAUGAGAGGCAUGACAUUCCCAGGCCUGAUUUCAGCAGCUGGUGCUUCAUCCGGCACUGUCAUCAUGGAUGGCAUUGCUGAACGUGCUGGUGUUUAUGCCGCUUUCUAUGUGUCGUCAAAGAAGGACGAGAAUAUUAAAGUGGUAGAGAUGACUCCGACUUUCAUGAAAAAUUGCGAUGGAAUAGCUAAUCGAAGUAGCUGCAUUGAGUUGGUAAGAAAACAUUAAAUUUAGGCUUAAAAAUGAAUUUUAGGCUUAGAAAUAAAUUUUAGAAUUAGAAACGAAAUUUUAGGCUUAAAAAUGAAUUUUAGGCUUAGAAAUGAAUUUUAGGCUUAAAAAAAUAAAUUUUAGGGUUAAAAAUGAAUCUUAGGCUUAGGAAUGAAAAAAAGGCUUAAAAAUAAAAUUUUUAGAUUAAAUACAACUUUUAGGUUUAGAAAUAAAAGUUUAGGCUUAAAAAUUAAUUUUAGGCUUAAAAAUGAAAUAUUAGACUUAAAAGUUAAUUUUAGGAUUAGAAAUGAAAUUUUAGGCUUAAAAAUAAAUUUUAUAGAAACUAAAUGACACAACAACCGGUUUCUGGCCUUCCAUUGACGGUCGUAUUCCUAAAGACGAGCCUGACUGUGGAUUCCGAGGAGAACACUGUGAUUACACACUAAUUAUGGUCGGUGGUGUUUUAGCCAUAGUGGCCAUUAUACUCGCUUUGUGCGGAUUUUUAAUCUGCCGAUCGUUUGAGAACAAAGCUUUGGACAAGAAUUCAUGGAGAAUAUUCAGAGACGACUUGAGGUUAAUCAAUUCGGAGGAGCUUAAGUCUAUGGUAGGUUACUUUAAUGUAGACAACUUUACCUUACCGUACAGUAUACUAAUCUACCCAACCCUACCCUAUUGUACCCUACCCUAUCGUACCCUACCUUACCCUACCCUACCGCACCCUACCUCACUCCUGCCCUACCCUACCCUACCCUACUAUCCUAUCAUAUUUUACAUUACUUACGAAUACCUUACCCUUCAUUACCCAGCUAUUCCUACCCUACAAAUCCUGCCCUACUGAACCAAACCUACCCUACUAUAAUAUACCCUAUCAUACUACUUUGGCCUACCGUACCUUGUAUUAUGUUUCCGUAGUCGUUCACUAACGCCUGCAAAACUACCAUAACCAAAGCUUAGUACUACCUGACCUUCCUACAACCUUACCCUAACCCCUGUCUUACCCUAACAUCAACUCUUUUUCAGAUGUCCAUAAGCUCAGCCAAGACAAAACUCAGUAAUAACACACAAUUUGCAAAACAUCAUGCAGUGAUCGGCACCAAUACUCACGCGUCCUACCAUAUGUACCCACAACUUCGUACGAUAAAGUUUGCUCGAGAAGACCUACAACUUCUAACCCAGAUGAAACUUGUGGUACAUGACAAUGUAAACCCGUUCUUAGGAAUGUCAUUCAACGAGAAAGAGGAGAUGCUGAUAUUAUGGAAGUUCUGCUCGCGUGGUACUGUACAAGAUAUUAUUUACAACGAUGAGAUGGCUUUGGACAGCAAAUUCCACGCUGCUUUUAUAAGAGACAUUACUUUAGUAAGGCAUUGUGUUUUAAUAUACCUACACAAAGGUUUCUAAUCAGAGUAUUUUAAGUAAAAAAAAAAUACUCUCAAAAUUGGAUAUUAAGGUAUAUCUACUACAAUAUGAAAUACAUUAUUAAAACAAAUCCUUUUGGAUCCUACAACAUCAACUCCUAUAUUAUAGUAGAUAGCCUAUAAAACUUUUUAAAAUCAAUUGAAACAUCUCGCUAUAUAACUAGGUUUUAGGGCCUGGAAUAUCUUCAUCUAUCAACAAUAGGCUACCACGGAUCCUUAACUCCAUGGUCAUGUCUUAUCGACCGUAACUGGAUGAUCAAACUCACAGAUUACGGUAUCGCCAACCCAAUAGAACGUUGGAUAAAACAAGGUGCUAUUGGAGAGGAGACGCUGAUGGGUGACGAUGAAAAAAGUGGAGCUAUUCAGGCCACAAGUAGGCUUAUAAUAAUUGUAUAAGGCCCUAAGCGAGCCUAUAUUAUCCUACUUAAUAGCCUAACUAGAUCUGCCGUAUUGUAAUCUACCCUACCCUAUCUUACAAAAACCUACCCUACCCUAAGCGCCUCUACCCUAUACUACUACUUCUGUACCAUACAGUAUCUUAUUUUACUUUAUCCUACCUCUUACUUUCUGUCUACUGUAACACAAUAUCCACAAACUUACUUGGAUCAUUUCAGACGCCCUCUACUGUGCCCCAGAACAGCUAGCCAACCGUGACAACAACAAGCGCAGAAGAAUGGAUCAAAAUUGGCAGAAACAGUCGGUAAAUCGCCGACAAGCUGGUGAUAUCUAUGCUUUUGGCAUGAUUAUGCACGAAAUUAUGGCCAAAAAACUACCGUUCUCUGAAGACAAGAACAUUAAUGGUAAGUACAGAGGAAGUCUUGUAUAAUAAAUCUUCAGAGCUCUGCGCAUUCCUAAAAGACGGCUCCAAAGUAGUCAAACCACAAGUUCAGAAGAAUGACUCUAUUACGGCUGAUCUGGUUUCUCUGCUAGAAGAUUGCUGGUCGACCAACCCCGAACUACGUCCUAGCAUUCGAAGAGUUAGGCUGAAUACUGAGCAUUACUUGAAAGUGUAAGUUGGCUUAAAAAAUGAUUGAAAAAGUGCCUACCUUCAAGUAAUUUUACCAUGGUCUAUGCUGGUUCACCUUACUUUGCUCUGAUUAGCCCUACUCUACCUUACCCUAACUUAUCCUGCCGUACCAUACCGUAUCCUACCUUAUCUAACCCUACACUCCCUAUUCUACGAUAUACUACUGUACCUUAUCCUACUCUCCAACUAUAUUCUACCCUAUCCAAGCCUACUCCGCCCACUACCUUACAUUAGCUUCCCACACCCUACCGUAUCAUAACUUACCCUACACUACGUUACAGUGCCUUACUCUACUAUAGCAUGUUUAACCAUACCUCAUGCUAUCCUAGCUUACCCCUUACGCCACCCGACCAUACUCCAUUCUAUCCUCCCCUCCCCUUCCUUACUCUAUCACUUUCUCUACAGAAUACUGUUAUUGGUAGUUAUUAAUGGUACUAAAUACUUUCCUCUUCAGAAAAGGCUCCCUAGUCGACCAAAUGAUGCGAAUGAUGGAACAAUACGCCAACAAUCUUGAGAAACUAGUCCAAGAACGUACUGGUAUGUUGGAAGAAGCCAAUGAACGUGCCGACAAACUUCUGAAUCAACUCCUACCUCGCUAUGUAGCUACUGAACUCAAAAUGGGUCGUGCUGUGCCACCGAAAAUGUUCAAAGAAGCGUCCGUCAUGUUCACUGACAUAGUCGGCUUUACCACGAUAUGUUCGACGUCGACUCCACUCGAAGUUGUGACUAUGUUGAACAAUGUCUACACUGGAUUCGACAAUAUCAUCUCGAAGAAUGGAGCCUACAAGGUGGAGACGAUUGGUGAUGCCUAUAUGAUUGUUAGUGGAAUACCGCAAGAGAAUGGGUCGAGACACUUGAUGAAUAUUAGUGAUGUUGCCCUAGGCUUCAUGGCCUAUUUGAAGGACUUUCCGGUACCACACAGACCUGAAAGUAGGAUCCGGAUUCGUGCCGGACUACAUACUGGAGGUGUGGCAGCUGGGGUGGUUGGGUCAACUACUCCUAGAUAUUGUCUUUUUGGGGAUACGGUAAGUAGGACAUACUGUAAAAUUAAGUAAGAUGGAAGAUUUUUUCUAGAAGAAAGAGGGAGUACAGGGUAAAUUAGGGCUGGGUAGCGUAGGGCGGGAUAGAACGCGUUAAGGUGGGGAAAGUUGGGUAGGGAUGGGUAGGGGGAGAAGAUUAAGGGUAGAGUAGGAUAGGGUAAGAUAGUGUAGGAUAGGGUAUGGUAGGGUGGAGUAGGGUAGGGUAAGGUAGGCAGGGUAGAGUAGAGUAAUUUAGGGUAAGUAUGUUAGUACAGAGUAGGAUAGGCUACUGUAGAAUAAAGUACUACCUACUAUAAUAUAACAUUCCAGGUAAACAUGGCCUCAAGGAUGGAAUCAACCGGCUCACCUCAACAAAUUCAAGUCAGCGAACAAUUCAAAAUGGCAUUGAGCGAAAAAUACCCAGAAUAUAAGACCACUUUGAGAGGAGAGAGUGAGAUCAAGGUAUGACAACAUCACUAUUCAUUAGAACUUAAAUUAAAACAAACCUUUACACUGUAAAAAGAUGUGCAGAAACUUAUUGUAAAACAUUUCAGGGCAAAGGAAUGUGCAUGACCUACUGGCUAGAAGGCACCGCUCAACCAGCUUAA